AUGGUACGCGUCAUCGGUUUAUUAUUUCUGCUUGUGAUUCACGUAGAAGCUUAUGAAAAUUUAGCACUAAAUAAACCUGCAUGGCAACAGAAUAAUUGGCCAGAUAAACCUGUAGCCUGGGGAGCAGCAAAGGCGGUAGACGGACUAUAUUCAGACCGUAGAGCCGGAGGAGGACAGUGUACAAUAUCAGGCCCCAGUCAACGAACAGCAGAAUGGAGAGUAGACCUAGAGAGCGUGGUCAGCAUCAGUCACAUCAACAUCUACUACAGGACGGAUGGUGUACCUAGUCCUGGUGCCUACUACGAUCGAUUUGCUGGAUUUUUUGUGUACAUUUCUAAUAUUACACAAAGGGAGGACGGCCAUGUUUGUUUCCAUGAAUUACAACAAGUGAACGGUACUCCAACAGAGAACCAGACAAUUAGCUGUCCUGUACAUGGACGUUAUGUUAUAUACUACAACGAGAGGAGACCGGAUGUUACAUACCCAAGUUACUAUUCUACAUACGCAUACAACGAAAUAUGUGAAUUGGAAGCUAUUGGAUGUCCUAAUGCAAGUUACCAUGGAGAAAACUGUGAUCAGUUGUGUCCGGAGAACUGUCAGGAACAAAGAUGUAACGUUACUACUGGAGACUGUCUGGGUUGUAUUCCGGGAUAUCAAGGGCCUAUGUGUGGUCAAAGAUGUGGCAGUCAGAAGUACGGUUUGGAGUGUUCUUUUUCAUGCGGUAACUGUAGUGACGGAGAAACCUGUUACCAUGUCAACGGCACCUGUCUGAAUGGAUGUAACGAGGGGGUCGAGGGGGAUAAAUGUACAAAUAAAUGUCAACAAGGGCACUAUGGUAAAGAUUGCAGAUUCACGUGUAGUCCAAAUUGCUUAGAUGUGAAACAAUGUAACAGAUUUAACGGGGAGUGUUAUGGAGGGUGUAAACCAGGAUGGAAAAGUCCUAACUGCAAGAAAGAGUGUAACGGUAGAAUGUACGGUGAUAAUUGUAACGAGAGCUGUGGUCACUGUCUGAAUAAUCAACAAUGUCAUCAUAUCAACGGGACGUGUUUGAAUGGUUGUUCUCCUGGAUAUCUUGGGGAGUCCUGCUUAGACCCUUGUGACGACGGACGAUGGGGAUUGAACUGUCUUAAGAACUGUAGCACAAAUUGUGUCAAUGAGACGUGCCAACCUGAGACGGGAGCGUGCUAUAAAUCAAAGUUUCUGGAACAACAAGAGGACGGCUCUUCAUCAGCACUUCCUGUCGUCGCUGGAAUCCUCUCUGCACUCUUUAUAAUUAUUAUCACUGUUGUAAUUUUAUUUGUCAUGAGAAGAUUCAGAGUUGAAAAAGACAGAGAACAGGGAUCUGUGCGAAAAGCAGUUCAAAGGAAAAUGGACUCAAAUUUUACCCCUAAAUCAAACAGUUCGGAUUUCAGCAACAUAUAUGCUAAUAUAGAAACAUCAACGGAACAAACGAGUGGAAAUCAACAAAGGCGUACUGUUAUAAGCUCUAAAUCAAAAAGGAGUAAAUCAGACAAGAACAACGACAAAAAUGAUGAUAUCGACAUCGAUGAAAAGAUACACGAGGAAAAUCCGUACGGAGACUUGUAUCUCAAUGAAGAGCUGAUUCCAGACAUCGCAAUAGACAGCCUGGAUAUAGUAAUAAAGGAGAAACAGAGAGACGAGAAUGAUGGCUUCAAGAGGGAGUAUGCUGCUCUUCCAUAUGGCGAGAGAAGGAGUUGUACAGCGGGAAAACUUUCAGAAAAUCUUGCAAAGAAUAGAUUUAAGACAACAUUUCCUUAUGACCAUUCUCGAGUUGAGCUGAGAAAUAACCAGUCCGACUACAUCAAUGCCAAUUUCAUUCAUGGCAUUGAAAUGGAAAAGGAAUAUAUAGCUUCUCAAGGUCCUAAACAGAACACACUGACAGAUUUCUGGUUAAUGAUUUGGCAGGAGAAAGUCUCACAAAUCGUUAUGCUGACCAACCUUAAAGAAGGAAAUAAGGCAAAGUGUGUGCAAUAUUGGCCAGAACUAAACAAGGUCAUUUCCAUAGGGGAAUUUUCUAUAGAUAAUAACGAAGAGAAAAUAUACGCAUUUUAUGUCAUCAGAAGAUUAAGGGUAGCUCGUAAAAACCGUAAAAAGACACGUAUUGUGACUCAAUAUCACUACACUGCAUGGCCGGACCAUGGCAUACCGGAACCGCUCUGUCUAGUAGUAUUCCACGAUCACGUGACAAGGAAUGAGCAAAAUCAUAGUCCAAUAUUGGUUCACUGCAGUGCCGGGAUAGGCCGUACGGGUACAUACAUAGCUCUAGAUGCUCUGUAUAAGGCUGGUAAAAAAGAGAAGAAAAUCAACAUCGCAGAAUACAUCAAGAGAAUGAGAGAAAAUAGAAUGAAUAUGGUCCAAACUUACGAACAAUACAUAACCAUAUUUCUGGCUCUCAACCACGUGUUUAAGGCAUGUCCCUCAGUCCUAAAGAAAUCAGAGUUUAUCAGAAAAGCGGAAUUAAUGACGAGUGAUAAACCAGCCAAUCAAAGUGAACUUAGAAGGGAGUUUCAGACUCUGUUGAAAGCCCGUCCCUCUUACACAGAAGCCGAUUAUAAGCUUGCCAUACAGUCAGGACAUGGACAAAGAUCCUCAAUUCUACCACUUGAUAGGUACAGUCUGUUCCUCUCUUCUAAUGUACGUAACCGUGGAGGUUUCAUAAAUGCAGUUACACUUCCUUCAUAUGUAAACAACAAAGCCUUUAUUGUGACGCACUAUCCCCCACCAGAGGACGCUGUUGACUUCCUGCGCCUACUCACUGACCAUGAAUGCGAUAUUGUGAUCUGUAUGGAUCCUCUUCCCAAAAUAGAAUCGAGCAAGAAGUGGAUGCCAAUCCCAGAUGAGUCUAAAAUUGUGACCCCAUUUACUGUUCACUGUCAAAAGAAAAAUUCAGAAGACGUAAAGUGCUCUACUAUUCAAAUUGUUCAAGAACAAAGCGAUGAAACGUACUCGGUUUCUAUUUUGGAACCUAUGUUCAGUUUGCUGUCAACAGAUAAGGGGACAUCACAACUGCUAAAGCUGGUGUCCUUCGCAAUGGACAAUAAACCUGAGGGACCCAUUACUAUCGUCAGCAGUGACGGUGCAGCCCUGGGUGGUGUAUUCUGUGCUGUAUACAAUGUAAUACAACAGUUGUCUAUGGACGGAGAGGUGGACAUUUUCUCUACUGUCCGACAGCUACAAAUCAGACGUCCAGAGUUAUGUUCCACUCUUGAAGAAUACAGACUGAUUCACACAGCUGUUUUGGAGUACAUCAGGGAACAACAGGGUCAAGGUGAAGAGAAUAUCUACUCUAAUGAGUGAAAAUGGGACUGUUGCUGAUGAAAGAAAAUUGAUGAACAAUGACGUUUACAAAUAACAGUCACUGAAAAUAAAAUGUGUCCUGCCUAUGAGCCCAGGAAAUAUUGAAAACCCUCAUUGAUAUGCUUAUCAUUACAAACAGAGACAGAGUAGCUUGAAUGACAGGCUUUAUUCUGUGUAUAGAAAAUCGAGCAUUGAAAAUUGUUAUACCUUUCUUAGAUAUUUAUUCUAUUUAUAAUAAAUUUAAUGAACAGUAGUCAAAAUAG